AGUGGUGGAGCCAACGGCCCGCCAGACCCCUGGCCGUGCUACCGCCCUUGGUGCUCUCCGGAAUCCGACAUUUGUCUGUGCGACAGCAGCCCCUUGGCGUCAAGGUUGUCGCGUAGAAGAUAAAUUCAGAGGAGGUGAACAAACCUCUCGAACGCGCUAGUAGCUGGCAGGCAAAUUGUCUUCCUGUUCCUCAAGAUGUACAGAACCAAAGUGGGCUUGAAGGACCGCCAGCAGCUCUACAAGCUGAUCAUUAGCCAGCUGCUCUAUGACGGCUACAUCAGCAUUGCCAAUGGCCUCAUCAAUGAAAUCAAGCCUCAGUCUGUCUGUGCGCCCUCAGAGCAGCUCCUGCAUCUCAUCAAACUAGGAAUGGAAAAUGAUGAUACUGCAGUUCAGUAUGCAAUUGGUCGUUCAGAUACAGUUGCCCCUGGCACAGGAAUUGACCUGGAAUUUGAUGCAGAUGUCCAGACUAUGUCCCCAGAGGCUUCAGAGUACGAGACAUGUUAUGUCACAUCCCAUAAAGGACCAUGCCGGGUGGCUACCUAUAGCAGAGAUGGACAGUUAAUAGCUACUGGAUCUGCUGAUGCUUCCAUAAAGAUACUUGACACAGAAAGAAUGUUGGCCAAAAGUGCCAUGCCAAUAGAGGUCAUGAUGAAUGAGACUGCACAACAGAAUAUGGAAAACCACCCAGUGAUUCGAACUCUUUAUGACCAUGUGGAUGAAGUCACGUGUCUCGCUUUCCACCCAACAGAACAGAUCCUUGCCUCUGGUUCAAGAGAUUAUACUCUUAAAUUAUUUGAUUAUUCCAAACCAUCUGCAAAAAGAGCCUUCAAAUACAUUCAGGAAGCUGAGAUGUUACGCUCCAUCUCUUUUCAUCCUUCUGGAGACUUUAUACUUGUCGGGACUCAGCAUCCUACUCUUCGGCUUUAUGAUAUCAACACAUUUCAGUGUUUUGUCUCUUGCAAUCCUCAAGAUCAACACACCGAUGCUAUAUGUUCUGUUAAUUACAAUCCUAGUGCCAAUAUGUAUGUAACUGGUAGCAAGGACGGCUGCAUCAAAUUAUGGGACGGUGUUUCAAAUCGAUGCAUCACAACUUUUGAGAAAGCACAUGAUGGUGCUGAAGUUUGUUCUGCCAUUUUUUCCAAAAAUUCUAAAUACAUUCUCUCAAGUGGAAAAGACUCUGUAGCUAAACUUUGGGAAAUUUCAACAGGACGCACGCUGGUCAGAUACACGGGCGCUGGCUUGAGCGGGCGGCAGGUGCACCGGACGCAGGCCGUCUUCAACCACACAGAGGACUAUGUGCUGCUGCCUGACGAGAGGACCAUCAGUCUCUGCUGCUGGGACUCGAGGACGGCCGAGCGCCGAAACCUGCUCUCCCUGGGCCACAACAACAUUGUGCGCUGUAUCGUGCACUCGCCCACCAACCCCGGCUUUAUGACGUGCAGCGACGACUUCAGGGCACGGUUUUGGUACCGGAGGUCAACCACGGACUAGGACCACCUGAUUGAAUAGGGUUCUUUUCUUGGGGGCUCUGCUCCUCCUUGCCCUUGUGCCCGUCACCAGCUUCAGUAGUAAGUCAUUGUACCAACUGUGGCAGGUGUGCUGCCGCCUCCACAUCCUUCUCGGAUUUGUACAAAAGAAUCUUUUCUUACCUUGAUGUAGAAUCAUGGUGGAAAAAGUUGGAAACACAGAUCUGUGUGGUGGUUCUGCAUUCACUGAUUAUUACAGUGUGAUUUUCAUCGGUUUUGUAAAUACAGGACUUGCCAUUUCUCUUGACUCUCGCGAUCAUUUGAAGAAGGGUAGAGUAUUCAAGUACUUGUCUGGAUCUCGAGUGGAUCUGUCAUGAGGAAUUUUCCUUUGGUUAUUUUGUCAACUUUCAUGCCUAUUCUGCAUCUUCUUUGUACUUUUCCUUUCAAAAUGCAUUUGGCAAUAAGUAGGCAUACAGCUCUGAGAAUCAAGAGUUUUGUGCCAUAUUAAAACUAUUUUAGAGAAUUUAUCAAUUCUCUCCUAAAAUGACAUUCUGAUAAUAAAGCUCAGAUCUGCAACUUUAGUGUUAUACAUUUUUCACUUCGGUAAAAUUAAUGCCCGGUUUUUCCUGAAGAUUGGUGGGAGAUAUAUCUUUCAUCAUAUCGCCUGUGUUAUAUCCAAUCUAAUCAAAAUUAGGCGAACCCAUUACUGUUCUCAGGUGUUGCUUAUCUUCAUGAAUGAUUAAUAUCAAUUAAAUUUAUUGUUAUGUAAUUUUAAAUCUUAUUUUUCAGUUCUCUUCAUGAACUUUAACUGCUCAUCGUGGAUGCACAUGGCAACUGUGUUCUCAGAAGAUUUUUUGCAAUUAACCAACUGAUAACGAGUUUUCUUUUUCUUGAAACUUUAGAAGUGACACUAUUUCUCUGGGUUCAGCUCUAGCUGAGUCAGAGAACCCUGAACUCCUCACAUAAAGAUAAACUUUGGUUUAUAUUUAUCCCCAAAUACAAAUACCUCAUGAUCUGGGUAGGAAUGCCUAGAAAUGUAAUCCAGGAUCUUUUGAUAAAAAUAUUAAAUAGAUUAAAGUUAAAGUAAUUGUUUUAUGUUUUAGGAGCUUUAAAGUCUUCUGAAGUUUAUUGCAUAAAAAUUCUGCUUUAAUCAUCAUCCUUGAGGAUCAUUUUAACUCUUUGGUCCAUAAAAGCAUUUUAAGCAUUCUUAAUGUGUUAAAUCACGGGGUUUUAGUUCAGAUUUCCAAAGAGCUAUAUAUUUCGGUCCAUAGUGAGUUUAAAUUUAUUUUUAUUUUGUGUCCUGAUUCUCCAGUAUUUAAGCUUGUCCACCUGUGGGUGCUGCUUUUGUAAGGCUAAAAGAAAUCUACUAAAUAGGAACAAGGAUAACCAGUUCUACCAAAAAAAAUUACCACCAAAACUCCCCACUUCUUUUUCUGACCUUUUUUUUUUGCUUUCAACCUUUGAAACUAUAAAGCAGAGAUUUAACGGCUUGGUCUGGCACAGAAGUCGUUUUGUGGAAUGACCACACUGCGCUCCUGAUCUGAGUUCCAUUGGAUGUUUUCACUGCAUGAACUAAAAUAAUAAUGUCUCCUUUUUCCAGUUUUUGGAAUAAUCUCAGCAAUAGGUCUGUAGUUUAAGGACUUCUGCUUACAAGAUCAAGAUAGUUUUGUGUGUUUCCAAAAUAGACUUCUUUUAUUUUUAUUUUUUUUCUUUUACAAAUCACAUUAAUGUUUUGAACUGGUGUAAAUACCAGGAAUAUUACAGGGACCUGGUAUCCGCACAUCAUUGAUGUACCGCUCUACACCCUGGCGUUUAAAUGGUGAAUAAUAUCCAGUCAGGAUAAGAACUUAGAACUUCUGUGUAAUUUUUUAAAGAUGCGUGAUUUCUAAAAUAAACUUUUUGUAUAUAACGAUAA